AUGGACGACUCCGGCUGCGCAAAGGUUCUCGACGUUGGGGUUGAUUGGGAGCUCGAGUCGGGCGCUUCUACUCCUCGGUCCGAUACUUCUUCGAGUUCGCAGGACAGCGUGUUUUCGAAGCCGAGGACGCCUGUGUCUCCUGCCGAUACCGAGAUGUCUUUUUCGAGUCUUGAUCCCGAUGACGAGAAACAUCCCGACAGCUCAACUAAAUCAAAGGCCAUAAACAUUCCCAACUACCCCAACCACAUCGUCGCCGGAUCAAUGCUGUGCUCACCCGGACAGCUCAAAGUGUGGCGCGACACCCUCGAGCAAGCAAGAAAGACAGGAGAGUUUCCCAACACCACAUCCUCAGUCGAAGAUCCCAAAAACAUCGUUGAAGACUAUCAACACCUCCAGCGCCUUCGAGAUGCCCGUGGCAACCCUUCCCUUCCACCACCCGAAAAGUACCUCAUGGUGAAGGCCGACAUCGCUUGUCGCAUCAAGGCUCGCGAUGAAGCCGAAGCAAGCUCACCCAACUUCGAACGUGUGGGUGGCCGAGUGCAAGGCUGGAUGAACGCAAUCAACCAAGAAACCCGCAUGUUGGAGAUCACGCAGGCGGCGCUCCAGAGAAGAGGUAUCAGCAACCCGACGCAAGAUGACUACGACACCAUCGCGGAUGAGUUCAUGCAGAUCGCGGAGCGGACGCUGCUUGACGUCGCCAAUCCUCUGCGGAUGAAUGCUUCUCGGAUGGAGGGCAGCAUCAGUCGCUUUGAUGGCCAGCUGAAUGGAAUGGGUGCUCAGCUGGAUGGGCUGUCAUCUCUGAACGACAGCAUGAGCCAUUCCAUGAGUACUCAGCUGGAUGGGCUGUCAUCUCUGAACGACAGCAUGAGCCAUUCCAUGAGUACUCAGCUGGAUGGGCUGUCAUCUCUGAACGACAGCAUGAGCCAUUCCAUGACCACUCACCUGGAUGCCCUCAACACUAUGCUGUCUGCCCAGAGCAGCACCUUUAAUGGCUCCGUCACCAUGCUCAACACAGCUCUUGCUCUGAGCGUCCCAUUAGCGAGAAGGAAGCGCCGAAAGGUUGAGAAGAAGACGACUCUGGACACAUUUAACGGCACGGACAUCCCAGCUUCUAAACCUCGCAAACUCAUGAGCACAACCAUUCCGGAGGUGGCUGAAAUGCCCUGGGCCCCGCCGGGCUCGGACGCUUCAGACUCCAAACCUCGCAAGCUCACCCAGGCAGCCAUUCCGAAGGUGGCCGAAGUGCCCAAGGACUGGGCCCAGCCGUCUGAGACCUUCGAGGGGCAGAUCCUUUGGAGCUCUGAGCUCCCGACCCAGGAGCAAAUCGGAAAGCUCCACGGCCGCGGCACUGGCCAUGAUCUCACGAGCUGGAAAGAACAUCGUCUGCUCGAGAGGCUCCUAGUCUCCAUUGACUUCGAGGCUAGGUCAGAGGGCCUCGAACUCCCAUGGGCCAAGAUUGCCCACCAUCUGAACCCGGGCUCCGGGCCCCAGGCCGUCCAACAAUUCCUGGACCGGACCUACAACAGCCUUCUUGACGAAGGUCAUGUUGUCCCCCCACCGUAUCGGAAAUACCAGUCGUUCCCCCCCAAGAUCCGGGGAUACGCUCGGGAUGAUACGGUGGAGGGUGGGGUCCGGCCUGUUCCUUACUGGGAGGCCUAUCAAAACCCGGCUGUGCCCAAGUAG